AUGUGCGCCCUCUCCACCUACACUGUAACUGCAAAGUAUGGCAGGGUCAUGAGCUUGUUCGGUGAUGUGUGCAGACACGAAAAUCCCAGUAAAUAUCGCAGCCCAGGCAUCCUCUACAGCAUGACACUCUGCAUACCUACAAACACAUUUCGCAAAAUGGACUGGCUAGAUUAUGCCAAAGGAAAAUUCUACUGGCACGAGUUUGUCGGGCUGCAACGAGUCUGCGCCAAUCCUUAA